ACCUGCAUCACUGUAUACCAAGGCUAAAUCAUCGAACAACCACUCGCUGACCGCAUAUAGUGAAAAAUCAAAAAGAAAAUUCAGUCGGAUAUCCUUAGCGAAUGUAAAGGUACUUCCAUUGUUUUAUUUAUUGAAAUACCACACUUUAUAAACAUGCUUGAAAGCUAAGUACAUUCAGUUUUUGGAAGGCAAUUCAGAUAYUUUCUCACUUUUUGGUUUUCAUAUGAUGGACAAUUUAAUAAGCCUCGUAAUACAUGUAUAAAUGAACGUUGACUUGUCAAAUGAGACUGGUGAACCUGGUGUCAUUCGCGUGAUUCCGUCCACGCUGGACGCCCACGAUCUCACCGGGGCGAAUCAGCACUAGUCGAGCUAAGCCUAUUCAAGCGUUCUAGGUAGAUUGUCAGACAUGAACAACACGUCGUCAUGCGAUGGUGCUCCAUCAGAAAUGGCAGCUACAAAGAUAACAUUAUACAGCUUGGUCUUAGCUUGGUCGCUUUUUGGCAACAUUCUUGUACUACUUGUAAUCCUGAAAAACAAGGCUUUACGGACAAAUUUCAAUAUUCUUAUUAUUAACAUGGCAAUAUCCGACUUGGUAAUACCAUGUUUGGCACUUCCUAUGAAGAUUGCAGAUACAACUUUACGACCUAUGGAAUGGGUUGUUGACGGACCGUUUGGUAACUUCUUGUGCAAAGCUUGUUACUUUAUUGCAGACAUUUCUCCUGUUGUGUCAUCGUUUAGUCUUGUAAUUAUUGCUGUAAAUAGAUUCUUUGCUAUUGCUGUUCCUGUGCAAGGUUUCUUGUCGAGAAAAAGAACCUUGGCUCUCAUUGUUGGCAUAUGGUUCUUGGCGACGGUGCUUCUCUCUCCAUACUUCUACAUUUACAGACUUGAAACAACAGGCUGGACAAAAUGCAUUAGUACAUGGUCACCAGCUUUUGAUGACACUAAAGCGGAAACAAUAUUUACUAUCAUUUUGAUAACAGUUGUCUUUGUUUUCCCCUGCAUUACUAUUGGAGUCUUAUAUUCGGUCAUGUUGUGCAAACUCCAAGAGAAUUCCAACAGAGCAGCGUCUAUGUUGAACGACGAUCAAUUUCGACGACGCCAACGCAAAGAUAAAACCAUUUUCAUCAUGACAAUAGUUAUAAUGUUUCUGUAUCUUGUACUCUGGGGUCCUUUCUUUUGUACUUUGGUUGUUUUGAGUUUUUUUAUCAAAGAAAACACUGCGAGCGUGCAAACAGUCAUAAUAACAGUUCAGUUUCUUGGCUACAUUAAUUCCGCAGUGCAUCCUUGCAUUUACUUCUGUUUUCUGAAAAAACUACGCCAAGGAUUAAGAAGACUCCUCAGACGAAUGUUCAUGUUUCAGUUCAAAGAACCCUCGAUCGCUGUUAGUAAUUCCAGAACAUCCGCUAUGAUUAGGAUGACAAACUAUACAACUAAGAAAUGUUCCAAAACUUCUUAUAAGUAGCGCACGGCACGUCAUAUUUAUUUCCUUUCAUCAUCAACAGCUCGAUAAAUGAACCCAUCUACAUUUAUUAGUGUAACGUAUCGCUUUAAAUUGAGUAUUAUUUUGUGAGAUUAAAAGCGAAGUGGAAAAAAAGGAAAACUGAAAAAAAAUUGAGCUCGCUAUUUUUAAACUGUUAAUUGUCCACCAAUAUCGUCACCCAGGUGGCUCGGUAAGUACAUAUCUGAUAAAAUCGUUUAUUAAUAUACCAAAGCCAUCACCAAAUAGGGGUGAUAAUGGAAAAAGCCAUCCGUUUACUCCUUUAGGCCACAUUAGUAAAACUAAAAGGUUUAUUAUGGUUACAUGUAACGCUUAUGAUUGGCGUCAAAGCUUGCUAAACACCAUUAUCUGAGUAUUAAGGUAUUAAAGUGACUUAAACAGCU